AAUAAAACGUUCAAAUUCACAAAGCCCAAGAAAAAGGCUUUACUUGCAGGUUCUCCUCUAUACUCUCUUCUUCAGCUAUUAACACUCUCUUCCUCAAAAAAAGUAAACAAAACAAAAGGGACUUCGUCACUCACCCAAAAAGGUGCUUACUUUAUCACUGUCUCACACUUCUAGUACUUCCUCAGCAUCAGGUUCCAUAUCCCUCAAACAAAGCACAAAGCUUUCUGAGGGUGUUCCAUUUCCUUCACUGAACUGAGUGAGCUGCAUUCUGUAAAAUACUAAAGGCAAAGUCUUCAAGUUUACAAUGGGUUUCUAAAGAGUUGUUUCUCAGUUUCUUCUGGGGUUGCUUUGUUUGGAUUCAACUGGGUCUUCAGUUUUCAGUUUUAGCACUUUUGUCUCCCUGAAAACCCAGAUGGGGAAGAACAGUUUUUUAGUACAUUUGGUGGUGGUGUUUUGCUUGGGGAUGGUUUUACCUUGUUUGUGUGUUGAUGAUCCAGAUAAUGCUACUUCUGAUGUGUAUGUUGUUACUCUGAGACAUGCUCCUGCUUCUCAGUACUAUGGUGAGCUGAAAACUGUGGAUAAUGGCUUCAAACAUGAUGCUUCUGGGAGAACUCAAUUUCACAAACCAAGAUCUAGCAAUCUUACAAAGACAGAAAAGAUAUAUGGCUCUUACAUUGCUCAAGCUCAUGAUUCUUUGUUGAAGAAAGUGUUAAAAGGAGAGAAAUAUAUGAAGCUCUAUAGUUACCAUUACCUGAUAAAUGGAUUUGCUGUGCUGGUUACCCAACAGCAGGCAGAGAAACUAUCUAGGAGCAGUGACGUGUCGAAUGUGGUUUUGGAUUUCGCUGUAAGAACUGCAACUACGCAUACACCACAGUUUUUGGGUCUGCCGCUGGGAGCAUGGUCUCAAGAUGGUGGGUUUCAAACUGCUGGAGAAGGGGUUGUUAUUGGGUUUGUUGACACUGGCAUAGAUCCAACACACCCUAGCUUUGGUGAUACUAAGUCUGAUCAUUCAUAUCCUGUUCCUGCUCAUUUUUCUGGCGUCUGUGAGGUUACUAGGGAUUUUCCGUCUGGUUCUUGCAAUAGAAAACUUGUUGGGGCCCGUCAUUUUGCUGCAUCUGCUAUAACCAGGGGAAUAUUUAAUGUUUCUCAAGACUAUGCUUCUCCCUUCGAUGGCGAUGGCCAUGGCACGCAUACAGCAUCUACUGCAGCAGGAAACCAUGGGAUUCCAGUGAUUGUUGCCGGGCAUCACUUUGGGAAUGCUAGUGGGAUGGCUCCUCGAUCACACAUUGCUGUUUACAAGGCGUUAUACAAACGCUUUGGAGGAUUUGCUGCAGAUGUUGUUGCAGCUAUUGACCAGGCAGCUCAGGAUGGGGUUGACAUAAUAAGCUUGUCAAUCACUCCUAAUAGGCGUCCUCCAGGUGUUGCAACUUUCUUCAAUCCGAUCGACAUGGCCUUACUUUCAGCUGUAAAAGCUGGCAUUUUUGUAGUGCAAGCUUCAGGAAAUACUGGACCAUCACCAAUGAGCAUGUCCUCUUUCAGUCCAUGGAUCUUUAGUGUCGGUGCUGCUUCUCAUGACCGGGUUUAUAGCAACUCCAUAUUUCUUGGAAAUAAUGUGACCCUACCUGGAGUAAUACUUGCACCUGGCACAGCUGAAAACAAACUUUACAAAUUAAUUUUUGCACGCCAUGCUCUGAACAACGACACUACGGUUGCUGAUGAUAUGUAUGUCGGUGAGUGCCAAGAUGCAAGUAAGUUCAAUAAGGAUUUGAUCCGAGGGAACCUCUUGAUGUGCAGCUAUUCUAUUCGGUUUGUGCUGGGGAUCUCCAAUGUCAAACUGGCCGAACAAACAGCUAAGAACCUUAGUGCAGUUGGUAUUGUCUUCUAUAUGGAUCCUUAUGUGAUUGGUUUUCAGCUUAACCCAAUUCCAUUGAAAAUGCCUGGCAUACUAGUUGUAUCCACAAAUGAUACCAAGAUUUUGAUGCAAUACUACAAUUCUUCAUUGGAGAUAGAUCCAGCUUCAAAGAAAGUUGUUAAAUUUGGGGCAGUUGCCCGUAUCUGUGGUGGACUAAAAGCAAACUACAGUAAUAAUGCCCCAAAGGUUAUGUAUUACUCUUCCAGAGGACCAGAUCCAGAGGACAGUCUUCCUCAUGAAGCUGACAUUUUGAAACCCAACUUGUUAGCUCCUGGAAAUUUUAUAUGGUCUGCUUGGAGUUCUCUUGGCGCCGAUUCUGCUGAAUUUCAAGGUGAGAAUUUUGCACUGAUGUCCGGCACGAGUAUGGCUGCACCACAUGUUGCUGGUCUUGCUGCACUAAUUAAGCAAAAGUUCCCAAAUUUCAGUCCUGCAGCCAUUGGAUCUGCGCUUUCUACUACUGCAUCCCAGUAUGACAAGAGUGGCGGACCAAUAAUGGCUCAGCGAUCAUCUGCUUUUCCAGAUGAAAACCAAACUCCGGCAACUCCUUUUGACAUGGGGUCUGGGUUUGUGAAUGCAACUGGAGCACUGAAUCCGGGUUUGGUUUUUGAUUCCAGUUAUGAUGAUUACAUGUCAUUUCUGUGUGGUAUCAAUGGUUCAGCUCCGGUGGUGCUAAACUACACUGGUCAAAAUUGUGGGAGCUAUAACAGCACUGUACUUGGUCCUGAUCUGAACUUGCCCUCAAUCACUUUAUCAAAGCUAAACCAAUCUAGAAUAGUGCAGAGGACAGUCCUAAACAUUGCAGGGAAUGAAACUUAUAGUGUUGGUUGGGAUGCUCCUUCUGGGGUUUCAGUGAAAGUGACUCCAAGUCACUUCACUAUUGCCAAUGGUGAAAGGAAAGUCUUGUCUGUCCUCUUGAAUGCAACCCUUAACAGCACCGUUGCCAGCUUUGGGAGGAUUGGGCUGUUUGGUAAUCAAGGUCAUGUUGUCAAUAUUCCUGUGUCAGUCACUGUCAAAAUAUCAAAUAACAUCACGAAGAGUUAAUAAGGAUAACAUUUAGAUUUUGUGUUUCUAUGGGGUUCUAAAAUAUAUUAGCUAUUUUUUGAUUCAUUAGUCAUGUAAAGUUGUUAAAAUUUAACCUUGUAUAGUUAUAGAUAGAUGUGAUCAUGUGAGAUCAGUCUUUCAUUCAGGGUUAAUUCUGGAAUCAAACAGCCAUCGCCCAUCAGAAGCAUGUAUUCUUGAGGAAAACUCAUAUGAUGAAUAAACAAUGAUUAUGCUUAA